AUGGUUCACAGUGCGUUUGUUCUCCUCGUAUUUACGCUGUGCAUAUUCGUUCAUGGAACGCUUGAGCCUCCGCCGAUCGAUAAUCAAGUGCUUCUGAACAAAAUGAAAAAGACUGGUAUGAUUCCGAAAAAAACACAAGAUUUCGUAAAAAUAUUUUCUAACAACAACACGGGGAUUUACAAACAACAAAAUGCCGCCAAGACCUUCAUCGCCUCUCUUAAAAACCCUAAGGUGAAAAAAGAGACACAAAAAGUUUUCGAUGAGUUGAAAAAUGCUCAAGACUUUGCGUGGAUGGCUCUGAAUAAGACUGAGGAAGUGCUAGUUCCUCUCAGUGGAUUGCCAGUAACUCAGAUCCAAAAUCAGCUGGAUAAAACAUGUGAGGAGGCGAAAGGAAACCUAUCGAAAUGUCUGCCAACAGCGUUCCGCGUCAUAGCUUUACAAGCUGCUCACCAAUCUGGCAAAAAUAAGACGGCACAAUUGGACCCAAACAAUAUGGCAACAAGACGAAGUAAACAGAGCUCUUAG